ACCCUGGCCAGACCAGAGAAUAUCGCACACCCAGUCACAACACACAACGAAUACGCGUAACAAAUCCAACGCGAAAGUGAAAAAGUAGUGUUCUAAUACGACGUAACGGUACUAGCGCGAGGGGAGCAGUGGAUUUUGCUGCACGGGAAUAAUUAGUCUUUAGGUCGCUCUUGUGGUUUUGUUAACAGAGGCUCAGCUGGUGCCCUCCUCGAACAGCGCCCGCAUCGCUUCGCGUAUGGACGUCGUCUCUUCGUUGUGUCGGUUCUUUCUCGCGUAAAAGUAUAGUACGAAUACACGCCUUGUUGGCUAGUGGAAGUGGUAGAUCGAGUCUCUGUGGAAGGCGACCGACGACGUCGGAUAAGUGAGUGAAAAGACGUGAAUUUUAUACGUGCGAAGCUUUUGUGUGUUUUGCUGCAUUCUUGUCGUAAUCCGCGUUCUGCGAAUCGCAGUCAUUUUUCCACGUAUUUCCAGUGCUAAAAGUCGCUUUUUCUAGUGUGGCUCCUCUAGUGGGUGUGCGCAGGGCUGUGCGGGUGGUGGGAUCGAUUUUGCCAAAGCUUCCGGCCGUGCCGCGGUGCGUCAUUGUUUUGGUCUCGGAUACGACGUAGAACCGGAUAUUGCUGGUUCUAGUGGAAAAAACAACACGAGGAAUCGUUCCUUCAAGGGAGGAGUCACGUAGCUGUUUUUUUUUCGGUGACAAGAAUAGUGCUAUUGAGUUAUUCGCUGUGCAAUCUGCGUUCCGGAGAUAAUUCCGAAAACAAGAAUCCCAUGUAAAUUGAAGCUGACCAGCCUGCCUCGUAACCGAUACUCCUCCCGAAGAACGUUUUCGGAGUACUGUGAUGAGAUCACAGUUUAGCAACUUCAACGCAUCGCUAAUCAUGCCCAGCGGAAGUUCCGCCUCGUCGUCGUCGUCGUUUCCGCAGCGGCCGCCACGGCGUAGGGCCCAGUCCGUGGGCACCUCGAGCUACGGAUCGUCCCUGGCACUGGCCUCGUCCACUCCCAGGGGCUCCCUGUUCAAUGCGAAUGACGAAGAUACCGUUCUGAUUCGGAUCAAAGUGGUGGCAGCUCACUCGCUGACCAAGAAGGACAUCUUUGGGAACAGCGAUCCGUAUGUUAAGGUGGACAUCAAUACCAUCGUUGGCGAUGUCAACAUCGACUCCAUGGUCACCAAGACCAAAAAGAAGACACUCAAUCCGACCUGGAACGAGGAGUUCAUCUUCCGAGUAAAGCCAAACGAACACAAGCUGGUCUUCCAGGUGUACGACGAGAACCGGCUAACCCGCGAUGGCUUCCUGGGAAUGGUGGAGCUGACGUUGAUCAACCUUCCCCGGGAGCAGGACGGACGGACCAUUGCCACCAAAAACUAUCCGCUUCGGCCGAAGAAAAUCACCGGUAUGCUGCGGUCGAAGAUUCGCGGUUCGUUGGACAUCUACCAUGCGGUGAUGCGCGACCAAGACGGCGUGGACCAGAAUGCCUGGUCCGUGGCCGAUCAGCCUUCGCCGGCGGCGCUCCGAUCGGCUCAGGCGACAUCGUCCAACGGUGAUGCGUUGCCACCGGGCUGGGAGGAAAGGCAGGAUGCGAUCGGGCGGACCUACUACGUGAACCACAUUGCCCGCACGACCCAGUGGGAACGACCGACGGCGGUGCCCUCGCAACAGGGUAACAUUGAGUCAGCGGCAGCAUUCCAGCGGAGAUUCCACAUCAGUAACGAUCCCAGCGACAGCACCGGCGCCAGUGCCAGUGCCAACAAUAGCAAUCUGGAUAACCUGAGUAUAACUUCCGAAAGCAACGCCAACGUCCGAUUGGACCGGUCGUUGAGUGGUUCCGUUACCUCUCUGAAUACCACCGCCAGCAGUACCGCGAACAACAACAGCAGAGUUGAUCUGUCUCCAUCGCCAUCGUCUACGUCGCUUUCGAGCGGCAGCCGACCGAUCCGGCCUGCACCGUUGCCACCAUCGGCGUCGUCACCGGCAUCAGCUAGCGAUACCCCGACCAGUGGACGGCGCCUAGCGCCACAACCCCCCGUACCUGCACCGAGAAGUUCGCUGGAAAACGGACGACACUCGCCGGAAGACAACAAUGCCAUCGACCGAGUCAACAACAACAACAGCAACGCCAACGAUAGCAGUACGCUGUUGAACGACACCGGAGGCAGCAGUAGGGAGACAACUGAUGGCCCAUUGAGUUCACCUGGUCCAGCGGCAGCCGCCGGGCAACCCCAGCUGCCCAGUUCGGAAGGCCUACCCCCGGGAUGGACCAUGCAGUACGCAGCGAAUGGGCGAUUGUUCUUCAUCGAUCACAUCAACAAGAAAACCUCCUGGGUGGACCCCCGAACCGGAGUGGCCAGCACCAUACCAAAUGCAGCGCUCAACAGUGGCAACCAAGCGGGCGGCGGGGGCGUCGGCGGUGGAGCAGGAGGGGCCAAUGCAAAUGCACGGCACCAGGACGACGAACUGGGCCCGCUGCCCGAGGGUUGGGAAGAACGGGUGCACAACGACGGGCGGACGUUCUUCAUCGAUCACAACACCCGAACGACCCAGUGGGACGAUCCGCGGUUGUCCAACCCGAAAAUUGCCGGCCAGGCGGUGCCUUACUCGAGAGACUAUAAACAGAAGUACGAAUACCUCAAGAGCCAGCUGAAGAAACCGACCAACGUACCGAACAAAAUCGACAUCAAGAUUCGGCGGGCGUCCAUCCUGGAGGACUCCUACCGGAUAAUCAACUCGGUCACCAAGGUGGAACUGCUCAAAACCAAGCUGUGGGUGGAAUUCGAAGGCGAGGCCGGCCUCGACUAUGGUGGACUUGCUCGGGAGUGGUUCUAUCUGCUGUCGAAGGAGAUGUUCAAUCCCUACUACGGCCUGUUCGAGUACUCCGCCAUGGACAACUACACGCUGCAGAUCAACCCGUCCAGUGGGCUGUGCAACGAGGAGCAUUUGAACUACUUCAAGUUCAUCGGGCGAAUAGCGGGCAUGGCCGUGUACCACGGGAAACUGCUGGACGCGUUCUUCAUACGGCCGUUCUACAAGAUGAUGCUGCAGAAGCAAAUCGAUCUGAAAGACAUGGAGUCCGUCGAUACGGAGUAUUACAACUCUUUGCUGUACAUUAAGGAAAACGACCCGUCGGAGUUGAUGCUGACUUUCAGCGUCGACGAGGAGAGUUUCGGUACCACUAGUCAACGGGAUCUGAAGCCGAAUGGGGCCAACAUCGAGGUGACCAACGAGAACAAAGACGAGUACAUCAAACUGGUGAUCGAGUGGAGGUUCGUGGCCAGGGUAAAAAGUCAAAUGCAUGCAUUUUUGGAGGGAUUCGGGUCGUUGGUGCCACUGCAUCUGUUGAAGAUCUUCGAUGAGAACGAACUGGAGCUACUGAUGUGCGGAAUUCAGAGUAUUGAUGUGAGCGAUUGGAAGAAAAACACGCUCUACAAAGGUGAUUACUACGCAAACCAUGUGGUGGUCCAGUGGUUCUGGCGGGCAGUGCUCUCGUUCAACAACGAGAUGCGAUCCCGGCUGUUGCAGUUCGUGACGGGUACCUCGAGGGUGCCCAUGAACGGCUUCAAGGAACUGUACGGCUCCAAUGGACCGCAGAUGUUCACCAUCGAGAAAUGGGGCACGACCGACAACUUCCCGCGAGCACAUACGUGCUUCAAUAGACUGGAUCUCCCGCCAUACGAGAGCUAUUCUCAUCUGAAGGACAAACUGGUUAAAGCCAUCGAGGGCAGUCAAGGUUUCGCCGGAGUAGACUAGAGUCCGGAACCAAUUCACACACACACACACACAAGUGCAACUGAUUACAAUACUACAUUCCCCUCCUUUGCAAAACAGUAGCCACACGCACACCAAGCAAAUUGAAACACCCCCUAGGAGGAACAUUUUCUCACCAAGAGAAAACGACGAGUCGUUCUUAAAUUAUAUCUAGUUGUAAAACAGUUAAUGUACAGAAACGAAGCAAAAACAAGCAAGCACUUUCGAUUAUAGGACAAGGGAAACAAUUUUUCAACGUAAGAGUAGGAAAUGCUACAGGAAGUCUGCCAUAAUAAGUAACCGAUUGCGAGUCUCCUCGUUCCAUAGAGUCAAACAUACACACACACACAAACACAUCCAGACGCACUAGUAAGUUAUUCCCACUCAAGUUUUACUAGGAAUGUUUUUAAAACGUAUAGGUAUUUGAAGCCGGUUCAGGGAGUCGAAGGAUGGAGCAAAAGGGAGUGCCUUGCUGCGAACGAGUCAGUCUAAACGAAAGUUUAUACAAAGCAAUAGGAAGUGAAAAAGUUUUAAAACCCAUUGGCAUAACACAUAUUUACAAGAAGGAAAAAUUGAAAAAUGACGCUGUCCAGUGACUGGAUUGCGUUGGCAAAGUCCUGGUUUUGUUGUUUCUUGCAGAGGGUUUGCGCACAAGGAAAGUGAUUUUUGAAAGCUGGUCAAUGGAAUUUAGUUCAGUCAGCUAGGUACAUAUAUUGUUGAAAUCGGAAUGAUGUAUGAAUGUAUUAUUUAAUUUAUAGUGAACACAACUAUCA